AUGACCACCACCGCCAACCUCGGCCGCGCUGCCGACUUUGUGCGCCCCGACUUCCACCAGGUCAACCUCGAUAUUGAGGGAUACCUGAAGCAAGAGCGCAACUUGAAGCUCGAUUCCGAUGACCAGAUCUGCCGCAUGAACAUCUCCCCACUAGGAUGCCCGCUGGGCCCGACCGUCUGCCCGUUGCGACACACCACGCCGGCCCCGAUCAACUUCAAACCCCCACCCCCACUCCCGACACACCCGCGCGAGCGCGAAAAGAAGACUACAGUGUGCAAGCACUACCUGCGCAACCUGUGCAAGGUCGGCGACAACUGCGAGUACACGCACGACUGGAACCUGCGCACCAUGCCCGUGUGCGUGUGGUUUGUCAAGCUGGGGAAGUGCGAGCUGGGCGGCGAAUGCCUGUACUACCACCCGCGCGACCGCCGCGUCGAGUGUCCAGACUACAACCGCGGGUUCUGUCGCCUGGGCUCCGAGUGUCCGCGCCGCCACGUCCGCCGCACGCUGUGCCAGGCGUACAUGGCCGGUUUCUGCCCCGAUGGGCCCGACUGCAAGCUCGCGCACCCAUCACCCAACCUGCCCGAACCAGAGACGUACGCCAACCCCAUCCCGCCCGACCCGACCAAGAGCGGCCCCCCCGCCGCAGCUGCCGGCAGGGUACGGCCGUUGGCGCGAGUACAAGUAUGA